CACUCCAACUCCAGCAGCUACUCAAUACAACACAUACAAUGGCUUCAGCAACAUGCAGUAUCUUCUUCUCCUCCUCUCUUUCUUUUCCAAAACUCUCCUCUCACUCUUCCGAUUACAAACUCAUCACUUCCCUUCCAUUUUUCUGUUCUUUCAGCCCAAUUUCCAGCCUGAAACUUUCACAUCACUCGCUUCCGGUGCUACCCAAGCGAGCAUUUCGGGUUUUGGCUUCUGAUUCUACAACGGACCCACAUGAAAUUACGGAUAGUUCCGGCGCUGAAUCAACAAUUGACACAAAAUUACCAAGAAGAAGUUUACUAGUCCAGUUCACUUGUGGGGAAUGUGGUGAAAGAACAGAGAGACUCAUAAACCGCUUGGCCUAUGAACGGGGACUUGUGUAUGUACAGUGUGCAGGGUGUCUUCAAUAUCACAAAUUAGCUGACAAUCUCGGCCUUGUUGUUGAGUAUGACUUAAGGGAUGAAAUGUGAAGACAGAUCAAGUUAAACCAGCGACAUAUAUAUAUUCAUGAUGACAGUUAUGAUACAAAUUAAUCUUCAUUCUCAUCAACCAUGUACUAAUCGGGUGGAUAAGCAAUAAAAUGCAACCAAUGUUUUGGUUAUUCA